GACGAAGUUUUACUUGUACAACUCGGGUAUAAACAGGAAUUCAAACGUGAUUUCGGAUUAUUGGAGCUCUUUGGGGUAGCGUAUUCGAUCCAGGGCGUCGUGCCUUCUAUCGCAUCAGUUCUUGUAUACUCUAUUCCAUAUGGUGCCGCCGUCAGUAUGGGGAUGGGCUGUCUGCUCGCUCUUCCUCAUGCGCAUUGCUACAGCGAUGGCUGAGUUGGGAUCCUCUACGCCAACUUCCGGAGGCGUUUAUUACUGAACAUUUCACUUUUCGUCUUCAAAGUAUCGAAAUUAUCUUUCAUGGCUUCUGGGAUAUAUCGACACUAUAACAUACAUCGUUAGAAUAACAGGUAUCAACUGGGGUUGUGCAAUAAAAAUCAUGGCAGCCGCGAGGCAUAUCGGCUCUAAUUUAUCUUUCGAGGCGAACGUUUUUCAAACCUAUGGUGUUUUUGUAGCACUUGUU